UUCCCUAGGCGGUCUUGGACAUCCCCUGCGUUAACGUGCUCCAGCAGAUGAGGCCGGAAGAGAAGCAGGGAACUGAGUACACUUGAAGGCCCCACCCCAACAAGGUCACAACCAGAAAAGGCUCGCUCGGCUACUCCACAACACUACUGCGGCUGCGUAGGCGACCUGUGGCCCGCACUCAAGAUGGCGGCUUCGGCGUCAGCGGCCUUCUGCCCUUCCCCAUCAUGGCGGCGGCCGGACCCGCCUCCCUGGGCGCGGGAAUCAUGUGACCCACACAAUGGCCGAGCGCCUACUCCAGGCUUCCCGGCAACGCCGAGUGAAAGCCAUGACGGCCGCCGCAGGUUCGGCGGGCCGCACCGCGGUGCCCCUACUGCUGUGCGCGCUGCUGGUGCCCGGCGGCGCGUACGUGCUGGACGACUCCGACGGGCUGGGCCGGGAGUUCGAUGGCAUCGGCGCGGUCAGCGGCGGCGGGGCAACCUCCCGACUUCUAGUAAAUUAUCCAGAGCCCUAUCGUUCUCAAAUAUUGGAUUAUCUCUUUAAGCCAAACUUCGGUGCCUCUUUGCAUAUUCUAAAAGUCGAAAUAGGUGGUGAUGGGCAGACAACAGAUGGUACCGAGCCCUCCCACAUGCACUAUGCGUUAGAUGAGAAUUAUUUCCGAGGAUAUGAGUGGUGGUUAAUGAAGGAAGCUAAGAAGCGGAACCCUAAUAUUAUACUCAUGGGCUUGCCGUGGUCGUUCCCUGGGUGGCUGGGAAAAGGUUUCAACUGGCCUUAUGUGAAUCUUCAGCUGACUGCCUAUUAUGUCAUGACCUGGAUUGUGGGCGCCAAGCAUUAUCAUGAUUUGGAUAUUGAUUAUAUUGGGAUUUGGAAUGAGAGGUCAUUUGACAUCAAUUAUAUCAAGGUGUUAAGAAGAAUGCUGAACUAUCAGGGUCUCGAUCGAGUGAAAAUCAUAGCGAGUGACAAUCUCUGGGAGCCCAUUUCUGCUUCUAUGUUGCUCGACUCUGAGCUCUUGGAGGUGAUUGAUGUUAUAGGAGCUCAUUAUCCUGGGACCCACAUAGUAAAGGAUGCGAAGCUGACUAAGAAGAAGCUUUGGUCUUCUGAAGAUUUUAGCACUGUAAAUAGUGAUGUGGGUGCAGGCUGCUUGGGCCGCAUAUUGAAUCAGAAUUAUAUCAAUGGCUACAUGACUGCCACAAUUGCUUGGAAUUUGGUGGCUAGUUACUAUGAACAGUUGCCUUAUGGACGAUGUGGAUUGAUGACUGCUCAGGAGCCAUGGAGUGGGCACUAUGUAGUAGAGUCUCCUAUCUGGGUAUCAGCUCAUACCACUCAGUUUACUCAACCAGGUUGGUAUUACCUGAAGACAGUUGGUCACUUAGAGAAAGGAGGAAGCUACGUGGCUCUGACUGAUGGCCUAGGUAACCUCACCAUCAUCGUUGAAACUAUGAGCCAUAAACAUUCUAAGUGUAUACGGCCGUUUCUGCCUUACUUCAAUGUGUCACAUCAGUUUGCUACCUUUGUUCUUAAAGGUUCUUUUAGUGAAAUACCAGAGCUACAGGUGUGGUAUACGAAGCUUGGAAAACCAUCUACGAGAUUUCUUUUUAAACAACUGGAUUCUCUAUGGCUUCUCGACAGCAGUGGCACCUUCACCCUGGAGCUGCAGGAGGACGAGCUCUUCACGCUCACCACUCUCACAACCGGGGGCAAGGGCAGCUACCCGCUGCCUCCAAAGUCCCAGCCCUUCCCACGAAUUUAUAAAGAUGAUUUCGAUUUUGAUUACCCAUUUUUUAGUGAAGCUCCGAAUUUUGCUGAUCAGACUGGCGUCUUUGAAUACUUUACGAACAUUGAAGACCCUGGAGAGCAUCGCUUCACGCUACGCCAAGUUCUCAAUCAGCGGCCCAUUACUUGGGCUGCUGAUGCAUACAACACCAUCAGUAUUAUAGGAGAUUACAAAUGGUCCAAUCUGACUGUAACAUGUGAUGUUUACAUAGAGACUCCUGAGAAGGGAGGCGUGUUCAUUGCCGGAAGAGUGAACAAAGGUGGUAUCUUGAUUAGAGGCGCCAGAGGAGUUUUCUUCUGGAUUUUUGCAAAUGGAACCUACAGAGUUACGGGUGAUCUAGCUGGAUGGAUCAUAUAUGCUUUAGGACAUGUUGACGUUACAGCAAAAACUUGGUAUACACUCACAUUAAUUAUUAAGCUUUUGCUCAGACUGUGGAAUUGUGUUUUGCCAUGGUCUGAAGUGAGAAGGAUGUUUGCUCCACUGACUAGAUUGGCCGUACAUAUUAAGAAACGGACCUCAGAGAAUCACUUUUAUACGUCUUCAAGGGGUGCGUUUGUCUUUCCUCCAGGGCCGGUUCUCCUCUGGCAUGCUGAACGGCAGGUAUGUCUGGACGAACAUCCCUGUGAGUUUCCCGAAGAAUGGCUGGGCUGCCAUUGGAACGCACUCCUUUGAAUUUGCACAGUUUGACAACUUUCAUGUGGAAGCCACAAGCUAAUAUUCACGGAGCACCAUAGAACCACUCUCUGGGUUUUCUUUCUUUCUGGUUUUGGUUGAGAGCCAGUUCUUUUGAUGGAUCAAUAUAUGAGCCUCUUGGAGGCUAACAAUAGUGAAGAGUAAAUGGGGAGAGAAAUACAUGUUUGCUUGAUCUUCUGGAAGAUAUUUUUAGAACUAGUGCCCAGGGAAACCGAUGAAUCUUGAACAUGACCUGAUAUGUCCCCUAAAAUUCAAGCUGUGCAGCGGUCCUCUUGUGAGGCGUGGUUUGGGUGGUUCACACCUCGAAGCCUUGGCACUGAUGCUGAGCUGGCUUUCUCCAUCGCACGCACAAGGGAUCGUGUGGACGGCAGUAACCCGAUCAUCACAGACCGACUGUGUGUCUGAGUGAGUGGAUGGCCUCGUCCGGAGGUCACACCACACCGUAGGGAGCUGAAGAACACUGGAAGUGCUGCUUUUUGAAAACCACUUCAACACAUUAGUCUUAACACUCUAAAGAGUAUUUUUUCUUUUCCUUUUUACGAUGAUGCUUUUGAAUUAUAGAUAUGAUGAGUGGAUGUGUCGUGAUUGCAAAAAUGCCUCACUAAUAAACUACCUCUAAAGCUAGUCCUGCAGUAAUCGAUAUGAGCAGAUUAAUUGGGUUAUCUGCAGUUAUUAAUUCUUUUAAAUCCAACCUUUAGUCUUGUAACCCUUAAGACUCUCUGUGAACAUUUCCCCAGGUGGCUGGAAGGAGGAAGAAAAUCCCACAUAGCCAGUGCUUUCCGUGGGUCUACAGAUGAAGCUGGAGCAAUUUUCUUGUGUCUCAUGUCAUGGUGCCUCUCGCGGCCUUCUUGUGUGCUGCUGGCCAUGGACUAACACAGCUAAUGCAUUCUCUUAUCUUUGUGUGUGGAAGAAGGGGCACACUAAGCUUCUGCUAGCUCAUAGAAUUGGAUCAUCCUUUAAUAUUCAGUGUGGUUAGAUGCAUUUAUUUCAUGAAAGUACAAAUGUGUUUAUAUUUGAGUGUGGGGAGCAUAUUUCUCAUGCAGUAUAAUUUAUAUCUAAGCAUUAGUGGACCUCCUAGAAACAACUCCAUUGUUCAUGUCGAUAAAGUAAAUUCUGGAAUUCUCUAAAAUGAAAGUUCAAAACUUCACUGGACUAAUAUUAGAAUUUUGGUAUUUGUAAUGGUUUAACAUAGGCUAAACUGAAUGAAGUUUUGUAUGUCUAUUAAAGACAAAAAGCUCAAUAUUAUAAUAUAUCAGAUUAUAGAGAAAAUUUUUUAAUUAAAACCAAGUCUAAGUGAUUUCCACAUCAGGUCUCUACAGAUUUUUUAAGUUAGCUUUAUUGUGGUAUAAUUUACAUACAAUAAAAUGUUCCCAUUUUAAGUAUACAGUUAAAUGAGUCUUGAUAAAUGGAUACACGCACAAAACCAACACCCCAACCAAGCUAUGAACAUUUCCAUUACCCCAGAAAGUUCUCGUGUUGCACCUGAGCAAUAAUGUCUUCUCACCUGCCCCCAUCUCAGAUUUCUGUUGCUACUGAUAAGUUUUCAUUGUUCCAAAACAUUAUAGAAGUGGCGUCAUACACUAUGUACUCUUUUGUGAAUGGUUUCUUUCAUUCAGCAUAAUGCUUUUGAGAUUUGUCUGUGUUACUAUGUAUAUCAAUGGUUUGCUCCUUAUUUCAAAGAAUAUUCCAUUGUAUGAUUAAACCACAAUUUGUCAUUCUCUUCCCUCACUUUUUGGAAUUCCAAAUCUGUUAUGAACAUUUGUGUACAAGU